UUCACUUUGCGCAGGGAACCAGAGAGGCAGAAUUUGAGUAGAUGGAGCUGUUCUAUCCAGUUCCACUGUCGUCAGUGGUAAUUAUUCAAAGUGUAACAGUCAAGAUGGUGUUGAUAGAGUAGCUUUUGCUUUUUCAUAUUUACAAUGGCCUGCGUAUUUAUUGGCCAAAAUAUUCUUUAACCAAAGGAAGGAGAUUAAAGCGAAAGUGAAAGGCUUGAACAAGGAAGAAAACAAACACCGAAUGUUCUCUUGAAGCGCUCAUUUGUUUUCUUCAUUGACAACUAAUAACUCACUGAGACACAUUUUCAGUGAGAAAUUAUGCUACAGUUAGGCCUAUUCAUCAUAGGAUGCUUGUCUUCGUCACACGCUCUAGAGGGCGCGGAUGUGGUGCUGUCGUGCUCCUUCGUGGAGGAGGGCGGAGGGAUGAUGGGCGGCGCGGGCGGGGGCGCGCUCUUCAGUCGCACGCCCGCGACGCUGGUCCUACGAGAUCUACCGGUGGUCAGUGACGAAGACGCCUCUCUGGACUCCGUGACCCCGUUUAACCCUCCUGAGAGCCCCAACGCCGAUGACCUCAUCUUCGAAGUGAAAGGUUCUUCUGUGGAGCUCCCGGAUGCUGAGGUCAUCCUCCACGCCGACUGUAACGAACAGGAAGUGACAUGUGAGAUCAGCCACUACAUCCCCCGGGGCGCCGACCCGCAUGCCCCGCCUACACACUUCAUUGCCUCCCUGCAGGUGGAGGGGGGUGGGGUCAGCAUGAGCUUGGUGAUGCAGGUGUUAACGAGUGCAGACACGGGCCCUGAGGCCCCGCCUCUAAUGCAGAGCAAAUUACAGAUCCCUCUCAGCCAAUCAGGAACGCUCCUCACAGAGGCGGUGUUUGUGGUGUUCUCUCGAGCGCGGUCCCUCACUGUACCAGUGGGGGGCGAUGCCCAGCUGGACUGCGGCUUCCGGCGUCAACAAGCCACUCCCCCCGAGGGAGUUCCUGGCCUCGAGUGGAGGCUGCAGCACAGAGGAAGUGGGCGGAGAAUCCUGGAUAUGAAGACCAAUGAGGAGGAGGUAGAGGCAGGACCUCAAGUGACUGUGGGGAGGGAGGGGGCUAGUGUGGAUCCUGUGCUGGCAUUGGAGGAGGGGAACGUCACUCUGUCCCUCCCUCGGCUCAGAGUGGCCGACGAGGGGACCUACAUCUGCACCGUCACCUCUGGAGUCUUCCAGACCCAGCAGAUCGUACAGCUCAACAUCAUACAGCCUCCUAAGGUGUCCCUGUCUGAGGAGAGGACAGUGUAUCUCAAUGAGCCGGCACAGAAACUCAGCUGCCACUGCAAGAGCUACUACCCCCUCGAUGUUAAGGUGGAGUGGCUGUCGAUCAUCUCGUUGGAGGAGGAGCCAGAGGAGAUCAAGGAAGGCAUGUCUCUGUCCAGUCACAGGCAGCAUGCCGACGGAACCUUCUCAGUCUCCUCCCACCUGACGUUCCCAUUGGCCAGAUAUGCACCUGGCACCACCGUCACCUGCAGGGUCACCCAUCAGGCCCUGCCGGACACAGCGGACGUCAGCAGCAGAGUGCUUGAACCAGAGGGGACAGGUGUGGACUUCUACUCCGUCGUCAUCACCGUGUUGGUGGUUACAGUGGGAACAGCUAUUUUUUAUCAAGUGAUGGGUGCCAAUUAACUCAGCACUGUUGUGAGUCAUGCCUGGGAAGAUUUUCUUUUAUUGGAGCAGUCAGGUUUAUGAAAAAUCUACUGUGAAUGUGAGAAUUCAAUGUUAAACUGAAGGUUGUAGUUCCGUCAUGUUUUUGGUACUGCUACUGCUAGAGGGAAUGGUGUGACUGUAAGGUCUGUUAUAAUCAAAUGAUGGCUACUUGUGAUAUAGGUCAUGAAUGAUGAUUAAAAGUUAGUAAUAUGGCUGGUUAUUCUCAGCCAAUUAGCAAGCUAUUCCCCUGUCACUGUUAUCAUUAAAAUGUAGGGUAAAGUAAAUCUCGUGAACUGAUUAUGUGCAUGUUUCAACAGAUGUGACAUUUGAUAUAACAUUAUACAUACAGCUAAGGCUAUACACAGCCAGUAGAAGUGACAUGGUGUUUGCAUAUAUUGUGGAUGAUCUACAGUACAUACCACUGUUAAGAGUGACAAAGCACUUUCAAAAAUUGUUUAAGCUUCAAGCCGCUGUUGAGGUCUGCAUCACUGUCACUGUGUCAUGGGAAAGUCUGUAAAUGAUCUCUGCAGGAAAAGGCUACUUGAAUGUGUUUUCUUU